AUGAAUAAUAUUUUAGAAACUCUUAUUAAUGCAUCAGAAAAAGCGGCCUGUGUGGCACGCUCAUGUUGUGCAGGACCACAUAAUGAAGAAUUACUUGUUGCUGAAAAAUUAGCCGAAGAAGCUAACGAGCGUUUUGAGCACGAUUUUAAAACUUUAGCCGAUGUCGUAGCCCAAGAAGCGGCUCGUUGUGAAAUAGCAUCUUGCUUCCCUGAUCUUGCUAAACACGUGAGAGGGGAGGAGUGUACCGAAAUAGAUGGAGUUCGAAUAUCAUUGCAAGACAGUAAAGAGGAAACAGCGGAACUGCUACGACAGAUCGUAGCGCCUGUUGUAGCUGCACGUAUGGCUGAAGCAGCUCACUGUAGCACCUUGCACGGCUUUAGUGACAAAUUACCAAACAACUUGUCAAACAUAGAUACUUCUGACUUAGGAGUUUGGAUAGACCCAAUCGAUGCUACUGCAGAAUUUAUAGCUGGUGUUCGUGGAGAAGCUGAUGCUGACAGAGGUCUUCUAUGUGUAACAGUCCUUAUUGGUGCUUACAGAAGAUCAACUGGUGAACCUGUUAUUGGAGUUAUCAAUCAGCCAUUUUAUGAUAAUGGAAGAGGUAGAGUAGUCUGGGGAGUCAACUAUGGAGAUAUUCAUGAAUGGGGUGGAAGCAAUGCAGUUGAACAAAACCAUGUUAUGCUGAUGAGUGGAGCAGAAAAACCUGAAAUAGCUGCAAAAUUCAAGAAUGUGGGCUGGGAAGUAAAAGCCGUCCCUGGUGCUGGCCACAAGCUUUUAAAAGUUGUCUUAGGGGAAGCUGCAGCAUACAUAGUCUCACAGGGGACAACAUACCGAUGGGACACAUGCGCUCCCCACGCCAUACUACGAGCCAAAGGUGGUGAUGUUCUAUGUUACAAACCACACACUCCCGUCACUUAUAAUGUUGCGACAGGUAUCAACCCAUCCUAUUAUCGUAACAGUGAAGGUAUCAUAGCAUUCAAUAAUCCAUCUAUAUUAGAAGAAAUAAAAAAUGUACUGUGUGAAUGA